AUGGCAACUGUCUUUGUGCCCCCCUCGCCACGAAACUCCCUGGCCAUGGCGACUCGUCGUCCACUCGCAAACGUGCCGAAUGCAACCAAUUCUCCACACAGGGCAGGGCUCUUGCCAGUUAAACGAGCUCGCUCUACUCAAAUGGAGAUCCCGUACGGACAACCACCGCCGAAGAAACAAGUGAUGGAGAAUAUAGAAUACGAGACUCGCUCCACCACCUGCCAGACCACGAACACGGACUCAAAACUCUUCGCGCGGCGAUCGAACAACGGCAACCCCAGCGCAUUCGAGAAGAAGCUUGUCGCAGCCAGGGAGAAGGAACGCCAACCGCAGGUGAAGCACAUUAAAGCCGAGAAGGCUCCGGCAGAUACCAUGGAUUCUAUUCGACAAUGGCAACGGCACUAUAGGAAGGCGUUCCCCCAGUUUGUGUUCUACUUCGACAGCAUCCCCGAGGAUGUGAGACGGCGGUUCUCUCGCCAGGUCAUUGCUCUUGGAGCUCGUGAGGAGAAGUUUUUCUCGCGUUUAGUGACCCACGUUGUCACCUCGCGUGCUAUCCCCCCAGAAUCAGCCACUCCGACAGAACCGGAAUCAACUGCAGACGCCAGCAACGGCGAUAGCAACGUCCAAACUGUCAACCCUUCGCUCCUCGAGAGAAACGGCGAGACUCACCUGCAUGCUUCUUUGAAAAUCGAGACACGUCGUGACCAAGGCACCAUGGACAUCCUGCAAAGGGCUCGACAGAUGGGCAUGAAAAUCUGGGCGUUGGAAAAGCUUCAGCGUAUGAUCACUACCAUCAAUGACAGUGACAUUGGUGCCCAAUAUGAACAAGCUGCUCGCAACAAGGCUGCUGGUGGUAACGUCGCCAACGGCAGGGGCGAAAAUGACCUUUCGCGUGUUCUUCGCCAGGAACUUCUCAACGGACCGUCUGAUCGUGAUCCAUUGGCAUCAAUGGAAAUGCUAAUGUUCAAAGGACCAUUUGUCUACAUCCAUGACAUGAACGAGAAGACCAAACCAGUCAUGGUUCGAGAAUACUCUCGAGUCGCUAGACGCCAGGAUGGAUCUUGGCCACAGUUCCGAAGCGCUCCCCUCGGAAAGUGUCCAUUCAUUGAUGAGCCCCCGAGCAGGAAGGAAUAUGACCGACACCGAUUGCGCCAACUCCACAAAGAGAAGAAGGCUGCCUCUCACAGGACUGAUGGAACUCGUGAUGCUAAGCCCAAAUCAGCUGUGCCAGUUCAAGCCCCCGAAUCUGUGACCACAACAGAGAUCGCACAUUCCCAGCCAUUGGCGAAACAAGAGGAGCGUAUCUCACCUCCAAUUCAAAACGAAAUCCAAAAGCCAUCAUUUGAUGAAACUCGUGAAAGAAAGAGUUCUGAAAGCUUCAUUCCUCCUCACUUCCCUCGCACUGGGCCUUUCUAUGCUGGCCGUGAGCCAGCUGCAUCAGGCGUUCAGCCGUCUAACAUGACAUCCGCAAUUCGCUCACAGAUGAUCUCAUCUACUGCUGCAGCACCUGGCGCGAAAGCCGGGCUCAGCAAGGAGGUCCAUGGGCUCAAGCGAAAGGUUCUCGAGAAGGGCACAGGUGGGUUCGCAGCGGGAUCAAUGGCUGCUCCUCAACGCCGUGCGGAUGGAUUUGCGACGGUUCCGAUGAAGAAUAACAUCAAUCCCCCUGGAAAGUCCAACCUUCUCAAUGAGGAUGAAGCAAAGCAAUCUGAGGUGGCUGGGUUAAAGCGACAAAGGGAUGACAAAGACGAGCAAAAGAAACCCGAACGCCGCAGAGAUCCAAAGCCUGGCUAUUGCGAGAACUGCAGGGACAAGUUUGACGAUUUUGAAGAGCACACUCUGACUCGGAAACAUCGCCGGUUUGCCGCGAACUCGACGAACUGGGCUGAACUCGAUGCAUUGCUCUCCGAAAUUCAGCGCCCUCUCAAGGGUGAAUAUGAAUAUGAUGAAUAG